CAUAUACUCUUCCUGACAUAUCAGCCAUGCUGUUAUCCACUGUAUCUCCAAGCUAUAUGCUGCCUGGAAACGGUUGAUUACAAACCCGCUUGCAUAUCAUAGCUCCCAUGCCUGGCCAUGUUCUUACAUUAUCAGCAAAAUCUUGGUUGGAUUUCCCGUUCCUUAGCAAAGUGCGUAGCUGGCGGGAGUUGGUGAUACGACCACGGCCCCAAGCUUCUCUUUCAGGGCGAUGGCAGCACCAAUCCCGGAAUCACAACGCAAGAGCGCAACAAGCAGCUGUUGGUGGAGUGCUUACGUUGCUAGUCUUGGCGCUUUUGUACUUUGACAGCGCAUCGCCACGGACUAGCAACUACCAGCGAAUUAAGCCGCGUGACCCUGAAGAGAAGAUAGACUAUCCAUCGAAAGAGGAUAGCACAGCUAAAGCACCGUACGACUCAGCAAAAUGCGACGCGCUAUCGCGAACCCAGACACGAAGACGCCCUUUCUGGAUCGUCUUACACAGCUAGCUGCCAACGGUAUCAACUGUUACGAUAUCGAUGUCGUUUCUACAGCGGACGGCAAACUGGUGGUUGGCUAUCCAGCGCAGAUUGCAGCUGAGCUGCAUUCCGCCGGCAAGGCCGUACCCAACGGUCAACUAGAUGCCGUACCUUGGAGUGAUUACGUAGCAGCAGGCCUCGAGCAACGCCAUCCGCUGUUACAGGACGUCUUAACGGCCUUUGCCCGCAUCGCCCUCCCGAUGCUCGGCAAGCAGGAUCAGCAGCAGCAACAGCAGCAGGCUGCUAGCAAUCAAGAUGCAGUGGGUGGCAGUGCUGAUGGUGUUGCCGGCAGCUCUGAUGACGCCUCCGCAUCAGCUGCCUCCAGCUCCGGAUCUUCAGCACUAGGUACGGAGAUCUCUGCUCAGCAUCAAGGGCAACAAGCCCAGACCCAACAACAGCAACACCAACAGCAGCGGCAGCAAUCGCAGGGCGAAGACCAAUCUCAAGCCGCAGGCAGGCUGCGCUUCCGCAGCGUCCGGCAGCAAUCCCAACAACCACAACAGCAGCAAUCCGACACACCACCUCACCGCGCGUCCUUCCCCCCGUUGCUGCUCAUCGAGCUGAAGGACCGCGCGCUCACGGCAGCAGCCGCCCUGGAGCUGAGCAACGCCUCCCGGGCCCUCGGAGUGGAGCAGGCGGUGGGACUGUGGCUGCCCAGGAGCCCGGGGGCGCCUGCGGCGGCGGCUGAGGUGGGGGAGGUGCUGCGGAGGGCGGGGGCCAAUCUGCUGAAGGUGCUGGCUCUGCCUGAUCAGAGCCGUCUCCCCAAUGGCACGGUGGUACAUGUCCCCCUGGCUCUUCAGCCCGAGGACUCUUCCAUGUACGACAUGUUCGGACCGAGCACCAAGCACUCAGACGAGGCGAUUUCGCAGGUAGCAGCAGCAGUAGCAGCCGCAGCAAGUGCCGGGACGGCGGCAAGGACAGGGGAGCGCCGCAUUGUUGCAUGGGUGGUGGAGGGGGUAGCAGAGGCAGCGCGGGCGGCUCAGCUGGGAGCCGGCAUUGUGGUGAGUAACGACCCGGUUGGGCUGGAGCUUGGGUUGGCGGCGGUGGUGAAGGAGCGGUGUGUGUCAGGGGGGUCGCUGGGAGCGCAAGAGGCGUCAGGGGUGGGACCGUAAGGAGCAGUCGGGGCUGAAGGAGGGAGGUAAGGGAGGAGGAUGGAAAGGAUGUUGGAGGGGGUUAGCAGCCGCUUUGGGGAGGGUUGCGCUGAUCUGUCGUUGGGUAACCCGUCUGGUAGCGGGGUAUCGGGGCGAUGCGUUCCUGGGUUGCAGUUUGGGUGGAAGGUUGGGUUGGGAUGUAGGUUGGGUGUCCACUCUGGGAAGCAUUGCUAAGAGCAUUCGGUGCUGCCGAGGAGGAUGGAAGCAUGCAGCAGAAGCUACGUGCAUAGGGUGAUGGUGGUGUCAUGCAGGGAGGCGUGUGUGCAGCGCUGCAGGGGUGGGCGGAGGCGCGUGCUGGCUUCUAGGACGGUCAGUAGCAGCCUUCUUUACCGUAACAUUUAUCCACCGGGAGUUGGAAAGCUGCACGCCAUGCAGUUGCUGAGAGGGCCUUAUGUUAACGGGUCACUGAGAGUCCCUGGUGUUUCAUUCAAUCGUUCGGGUUUGUGGCAUCAGACGCAGACCUGGCGUCUUUGAGUUUGCGGGAAGACCCGUACCUUCAGUCGGGCUCGGCCGUCGUAGGCUGCUCUCUUGUCACAGCUUAGUUCCGAUAAACGGAGCGUAUACCCUUGGGUGUUACUUUCACCCUAAUCAACGUCGGCUUGUCGCAGGUGUGAUAGCCGCUAUCGUUUCCGUCAUUUUGGGACAACUUGUCGAACCCGUGUCCCUAUGCAAAUUGCACAAACCGGUGGCUCUGCGAUGUGUCACGUUGAGCGCUAGGUGGACAGCCGCGGGCGGGUGGGGGAAGAGGGCUGCUUGAUGAGAGUGUCAGUGCAUGUGCCGAGUAAGUAGCAUAACCACAUCGGUUGGAAGUGCGGCGUAACUAUUGUGUUCAACAACACUCGGCACGACGUGUAGCACGGUUACAGGACGAUACCGGUAGACUCACGAGAGAGACAUGUACCUCGUGCAGGCACUGGAAUGUGUACCCAGUUGUACAUGCCGCAUGACCA